CUUUUCCUGGAUCGCGUGGGUGAAACAGUGCACGAUUUCUAAUUUGUGCAGAGGUGAGGUUUGACAAGUAGUUCCAAGUUGGGGCUUAUUGUUAUUUAUUAUUAUAUUGAAUUAUCAUUUGUUUCUCCGGUUGUAAUUCCCUCAUCAUUCCCUAAACAUACCACAAUUUCUCUAGCCGAUGCUUCCUUCUCCCUAUUCGAAAGUUUAAAGAAAGAAAAAAGGACAAAAAUAGUGUUUGAAACUUUGAAAAUUGGGUGCUUUCCCCCAUAAGUAUUAACUACCUGACCUAACCAAGCUUUUUUAAUCAGGAACGGCAGUAGCAGCAGCAGCUAAUACCCCGCGCUCGCUACUACUGUCAUAUUCAGGGUCUGUCACUACCCCGCCAUCUCCAAAGUCGCUGUUACACUCCCCUAAACGCCAUUUUCACCAUCAAGCACCAAUGGCUAGACUCAGCCUUGGAAACAUAAACCCGCACAUCGUCGAGGCCAAGUAUGCCGUCCGCGGUGAGCUCGCUGUCAAGUCAGAGGAAUACCGUGCCAGACUGAAAAAGGGUGACAAGAGCCUACCAUUCUCCCAAGUUAUAAGCGCAAACAUCGGCAACCCCCAGCAGCUCGAUCAGAAACCCAUUACCUACUUCCGCCAGGUUCUGAGUCUUCUCGAGAACCCUAAGCUGCUAGAACAUGAGGAUGUUCUAAUAAACUCCCUGGGUUAUAAGACAGACGUACUGGAACGGGCGAGAUGGCUUUUAGAUCACGCCGGUAGCGUUGGAGCAUACAGCGCCAGUGCUGGUGUUCCAGCCAUCAAGGAGAGCAUUGCCAAAUUCCUUGAAAGACGGGAUGGCUUCCGCGCCGACCCGGCACAUAUCUACCUCUCGGCCGGCGCUUCGUCCGGUGUCAACACCCUCCUACACGUAAUAUGUGCCGCUCCUACCACCGGAAUUCUUGUGCCUAUUCCUCAAUAUCCGCUCUACACCGCCUCGCUCUCCGUUCUCAACUCCACAUGCGUCCCUUAUUAUCUCGACGAGUCCGCUCAUUGGGGUACAUCGCUCGCGGCUAUUAAAGAGUCCUACAACAAGGCCAAGGCUGACGGCAUCGACGUCCGCGCUAUUGUUAUCAUUAACCCGGGUAACCCCACGGGUGCUUCGCUGUCUGAGGAGGAUGUCCGGUCCGUCCUGGAAUUUGCUGCUGAGGAGAAGCUCGUAGUUUUGGCCGACGAAGUCUACCAGACCAAUGUCUUCAUCGGAAAAUUCCACAGCUUCCGCCAAGUCCUGCUCACUCUACAAAAGGAGCACCCCGGAAAAUACGACGAGGUUGAACUUGCAUCUCUACACUCCAUCUCCAAGGGCAUGGUCGGCGAGUGCGGCCACCGUGGUGGCUUCUUCGACCUGAUUGGCUUCAACCCUGAGGUCGAGGAGCAGAUCUACAAGUUCGUGUCCAUUACGCUAUGUGCCCCCGUCAUCGGCCAGUGUCUCGUCGAACUUAUGGUCAAUCCGCCCAAGCCUGGUGAGCCUUCGUACGAGCUAUAUGACCAGGAAUACAAUGCCAUAUAUAACAACCUUAAGACGCGCGCAUACACUCUAUACGAGGCCUUCAAGGAGAUGGAGGGCGUUGAGUGUGGCGAACCCCAAGGUAGUAUGUACAUCUUCCCUACCAUCCACGUGCCCCCCAAGGCCGCCGAGGCCGCCAAGGAGGAGGGUCGUACGCCCGACGAAUUCUACUGCAUGCGCCUUCUAGAGGCUACAGGCGUAUGCGUCGUGCCCGGAAGCGGUUUUGGUCAGGCCGAGGGCACCCUGCAUUUCCGCACUACCUUCUUAGCGCCCGGCUCUGAAUGGGUUGGCUCUAUCAAGAAGUUCCACAAGGAAUUCAUGGACAAAUACAGAUAGACAGACAGUGAGAGGAGGGAACGAAUAACAACAGUGAGCAUUGUAUGGGGCCGGCACACGGGAGUUAGCGAUGGUUUAGUUCGAGAGCAGCAGGAAUUGUGGAGGAACAAAACAACCUAGAUACCUACGAAACUGGUCAUAUCGGCCGCUUUAGGGAACCUCAUGUGUGUAUUGCUUCGUGGGAGGAUAGGAUAGGGCGUUAAGACUUUGAUACCUACAUACACACUCUCCGCUACGCAUCACGAAUCUUAUAGAAUCACCCCUAACUCAUAAAGGUCAUGCAUACCUACCUACCUAGUGGACACGCAAAUUCCUUCA